AUGGCUGUGCCGUCUCCAACCCGCGGACCUUCGAGGACUAGGCUGCAAUCUUUGGAUCAAAUAUGUCUGACGUUUGGAGUGGUGCAAUCGUUUUUGAAUGGCGGAAACAGUAUUUGGAUUCACUCUCCCUGGCUCUUCGUUUGGUUUGAUAUACGCAUCCUGACAUGCUCUCCUAGAAGUGCCUCGGAAUCGGACUAUGGCCGACAACGCACUGCCAGCCCUAAUCCGUCGACCUCACAACCCGGGCUCUCACUGGGUACAAAAGCUGGAGUUGGCGUGGGAGUCGCCUGUGGCGUAAUUAUGGUCCUGAGUGUUCUUUUCUGGGGUUUCCAAAGGCGACGACGGCAGGACAACUGCACAGAGAAGAUCAAUCAGGAGACCGAGACAGCGGCGAAACCGAUGCCAGAACUACCCGCUACAAUGUUCUGGCGUCGUCCACCGAACAAGUUACCUGCUGCAGAAGCGCAAGAGCUUGACUCUGUUGCAAUCUAUGAGGCUGGCUAUGGAGUCAACCAGCCCGUAGGAGAAAAGAGACCGUCAAGCCGUGACAAAACCGUGAGAACUUGUCUCAUCGUCAAAUCCACCAGCAUCGAUAUUUCACAUGGUCUUCAACUCCGUAUGACGGCGAAGGACUGA